AUGCAAGUGUUGAUGCUGCCACUAUUGCUGCUACCUUUGGGUCACGCUGCUCCCAAGGAUGGAGCUGCAAGGCUGGACCCUGAGGUGCAACAGCAGCUCACGCCCAACCCGUUCCAGCCAGGCCCCGAGCAGCUCCAACGUCUGCAGAGUUACCUCAAGGGGCUGAAGAAGAUGGAAGAGGAUCCAGAGCACAUGGACCGGGAGCAAGUCCUGCUCUACCUCUUUGCUCUUCACGACUAUGACCAGAACGGACAGCUGGAUGGCCUGGAGCUGUUGUCCAUGUUGACGGCGGCUCUGGCUCCCGAAGCUGCACACUUUCCCAUCAACCCGGUGAUCCUGACGGUAGACCGGGUGCUUGAGACCCAGGACCUGGAUGGAGACGGACUCAUUUCUCCCGCAGAGCUCGUCAACUUCCCAGGAGAGGCCCCCAAGCACCCAGAAUCCCUCCCCCCGGCGCUCCAGGAGCCACAACCUGUUGGAAGGCAGCUGCAUUUCGCUGACAAUCCCUUGCAGCCGGACUCCCAGGGAUCCCCGGAGACUGGAGAAGAGACUAGGGACCAGGCAGAGGCCAAAGGGGAGCCUUUGGAACCUGUGCCGGAGGCUGGACAUCAGACAGGGUCUCAAGUAGAUACCCUCAGUCCCGCAGGGGAGGCUGGGAGACAGGCAGAGGCUGAAGGAGAUGUCCCCGGUCCCAGAGAGGAUGCUGAGGGCCAGGUGGAGAGCAGGGACAGUGAAGGGGAAGCCAAAGAGCUGCAGGUGGAGACACUAGAUACCAUAAACACUCCAAAUGAGGUUGAGGCUCACAGUAUUCAAAUGGAGAACGAUGAGAUAUAGGCCCGACGGCACGGACUCGCAUCCCUUCAAAUCUCAGUCGGCAUGAAGGGCUAAGAGCCACCUCUGACAGGGGUACGGUGGCACAAGCCAGUAAUCCUAGAACAUGGAAGACUAUAGCAGAAGGAUUGAGAGCUCCAGGCUAGCCCAGGCUAUAUAGCUAGUUUGAGGCCAGGCUGGCCUACUUAGAAAGACCCUGUCUUGAUGAGGGAACAAAAGCACUCAUAUUUCCUUUCUGGCCUCAGGAGGAAGCAGGACUUCCUGUGCCGCUCGGGGAGACCCCAAGCUGAGAGGCAGCUUUCAGGCCCCCAACAACUAAUAAAGAACAGAAUGAAUUCAUCUCCAUAGCUCCUUCCCCUCAGAACACAAGGGUUUGGGGACUGGACAAGCUUCUCGAUGGGAUGGAGAGUCAGCUUUUCCCAGGGUUUCUGGCCAAGGGUGCUGAGAUCACUAGCUACAGCCAGCUGCAGACAAGCCCAGGAAGAAAGCUCAGUCUAUCCUAGGAGCACGAACUCUCUCCUGAAGUUUCUUCUUGACUUGAUAGUCAGACCUCUGUGACCCGUGUUGCGGCUCAAGGCAGAGAGAUGGUCCCCACUCCUCGGUAUCACUCCCCACUCCUAGAUGGCAUUAAUAACUACCCUCCCCUUCUCUUCCUCUUCCCCCUUCUCUUCUUCUCCUUUUCUUCCUCUUC